UGCGGCCGUCGCGGAUCAUUCUCUGCGUACCUUAGUCCGUUUUAGAGACUUAAACGCUCGUGUACCAUCACAGUCGGAUGAACCGUCGAACUGCUAACACGCGAGUUUUCCGCCAUGGAAUAAUCGCCACCGACGAAAAUGUACAUGUGCAGAACGCGUGUGUUUGAAUGUGUUUAGCUAUGAAUUUUGAUUGUCAUUUAUAAAUUAUCGAGGAAUUGACGAAUAAGAUUUUUUUGUUUUAUAACAAUAUUAAAAUACAUUUUUCACAAUUUUUUACAUAAACGGUACGAUAAACUUUCCGACAAUGGCUGAGUUCGACGCGAAUAAUAACAGCGCCGUGCCGUUGCAGGAAAAAAUCUUGGUCCAGGAAAAGUACUCUCUCAGACCUAGGGCUUCGCUCAAACGUGAAGAACCCGAUGAAGAAAACGAGGAGGGAUGGAAGCCUUCGAGCCGAGGACGAUCGGCCAAACGGAGGCAAAAACCUAAACCCCUAAGCAGGUACAGGAGAAAGACUGCUAACGCUCGGGAACGGAGCAGAAUGAGGGAAAUCAACGAGGCGUUCGAAGCGCUCCGAAGAGCUGUUCCGCAUCUGGCGGUGGACGCGCACAAUGAAAAGCUGACGAAAAUCACCACCCUACGGCUGGCCAUGAAGUACAUUUCCGCAUUGAGCGGGUUGUUGUCGGCACAGCCUUCGCCAGGUACCGCGACCGGAACUUCGCCGUCCCAGUCGGACGUGGACUCUCUACUCAGCGAGUACGCGCCCGACUUACUGAGCGAGUGCUCUCUGUCGACGCCACCCGGAAGCAGCAGUGGCGGCGGCUGUGGUUUUCUGGACCCUGUUUUCAGAGACUUAAACGCCUAUUCGCUCUCGCCUUCUUCCUGUUCUACCGACGUUGGAUUCCCGUCCCUGUUGGCCACCGACUUUCCGGACGCCGCUUCGUUCAUGCCGUUCGCCGAUCAUGCCCUGCCGCCCAUCGACUUCAACGGCGACCCGUACAUAUUCGAAGACAACUUCGCCACAGAGUUCAGUUAGAUCUGCCCGUUUUCUACGAGGUGCCAUAUAAAAAUUCACGUGAAACGGUAACGUGUUCUAUUUAUGGUUUGAUUUUCAUGUUCGCUUACCGUUUUAACAGAUGAUUUUUAUUAUAUUUAAACAAUUUGUGAUAAGUUCGGUCGA